AUGAAGUACGAUAGUUUCUUUGCGAGGAGUUUCAGUAAACAUGAGCAGAAGAAAUUAGGAUUUGGAGCAUUUGUUAGUUGUUUUAUCAUAGCAGCCACCUUUUGCAUUCUCUUCAAGCCUGAAUUUCGUCAUUUUAAAGUUGUGAAUGUUAAGGUAACUCUUCGUGGUGACCCUCAAAUUCUAGCAAUAAAAGAGGAAGUCAGUAAUAAGCCCAAAAAAACAUAUGUUGAAAUAAAAGAAGAAAAAACAAUUUGCAAUGUCACACAUCCAAGAGCUGAUAUCUGUGAAAUGAAUGGUGAUAUAAGAAUUCAUGGAAAUUCAUCAACUAUUUAUUUUGUUUCAACUGAUAAAUUAUCAGCUGAAAUGAACAACUCCUGGAGUAUAAGACCAUAUGCUAGAAAAGGUGACAAUAGAGCAAUGGACAGUGUCACAAAUUUAACAGUGAAAAAGGUUUAUAGUAAUAUUUCUCAAGAAAUUCCAAAUUGCAGUAGAAAUUAUACAGUUCCUGCUAUUGUUUUUUCAACUAAAGGAUAUGCAGGAAAUCACUUCCAUGAUUUUACUGAUGUGUUAAUUCCAUUAUUCCAAACUUCGCGAUAUUUCAACAAUGAAGUUCAGUUUCUGAUUACUAACAUGAGGUCGUGGUGGAUUAACAAGUACAAACCAGUGUUACAAAGAUUAUCAAAGUAUGAGAUUAUUGAUAUUGACAAGGAAAAAGAAGUACUUUGUUUUCCAAGUAUGAUUAUUGGCUUAAAAGCCAACAAAGAAUUCAGCAUUAACACUUCAGAAUCUCCUUAUUCUAUGAGUGACUUCACAAAAUUCCUCAAAAAUACAUAUUCCUUAAAAAGAAAAUCCGCGGUGAAGUUGAAAAAGAAUGCUGAUCAAGGAAGAAAGGUUAAACCGCGACUUCUUAUCAUUUCAAGAAGUAAAACGAGGCGUUUUACUAAUGUGGAUGAGAUUGCUACAAUGGCUAGAAAUAUUGGAUUCGACGUAGUUGUUGAAGAAACAGGAGAAAAUCUGGCUAAAGUUGCAAAAAAAGUGAACUCAUUUGAUGUAUUAAUGGGAGUGCAUGGUGCGGGAUUGACUAAUAUGGUAUUUUUGCCAGAAAAAGCAGUUGUUAUACAAAUUGUGGGGUUAGGAAUGGAAUGGGUGUCUAAAGUGGACUUUGGAAUUCCAGCUUUGGACAUGAAUUUGAAGUAUUUGGAUUACAAGAUUAGUGUAAAUGAGAGUUCUUUAAUUCAACAAUAUCCAGUUGAACAUCAUGUGUUAAAGGAUCCUCCUGGUAAUCUGAUUUCUCCUAAAGGAUGGGUUAAAUAUAGGAAGAUUUAUUUAGAUCAACAAGAUGUAAAAAUUGAUGUAAAUAGGUUUAGAGGAACUCUUUGGAAAGCAUUUGAGCUUUUGCAGAGUUGAUUUUUUUGGGAAUUCUUUAAUAAACAAAGGCACAAGUACAGGACAACCUUCAUUCGAUUUACUCUUAUUUCAGUUUUCUUUUUUUUUCUUUGGUUCAGC